CCGCAGGCUGCCCCGCGGAACGCGCGCCGCAGACGCCGGAUUUUGGGCGGCAGGUCCCCGCGGAGGCCGGCCGCGAGCGGCCGCGCCGCGCCCCGUAGCGGUCCGCCAGCGGAACGCGCCGUCGCCGCCUGCGUCGUGGACCCAGGAUGGCGACGCCGAUGGCGCCAUGGAGUUGUGCGAAGGUUGCAGCGCGACGGCCAAUUGGGACCAGAGCUGGUGCUACGUGCAGGGCGGUUCCAUCUGCAAUGGACGGCGAGACGCGCAAGUGGCGCGAGUUCGGUUCCUGCAGCUGCAUGAUGGAGUGGAACUACGAUGGCGAUGCCGACGGCGUCAUGGAGUCCUACGAGGGUUGCAGCGCCACGGCCGAUUGGGACCAGAGCUGGCGCUACGCGCAGGGCGGUUCGAGUUGCAACCAGGCUCAGGACUCCAGCCUGGUCGGCGAGACGCGCGAGUCGCCCCAGACUUCGAGAUGCACAGGCGGUGGACAUGGGCACACCCGGGGCCCUCGGGGGCCGAGACACGUCCACACCCGCCGCCCGCUGGGGCACCAGGACGUGGGGCUCCCAGGCGGCGGGACGCGGAGACCUCCUCGCUCUUCCCCC